AUGCCGAGAAAACAAGUUCAAACUUGUGAUCCUUGUAAAACAGCCGGUGAAGAAAUAGAAGCCACAGGUUAUUGUGAAAAUUGUGGAGAGUAUCUGUGUAGCAGCUGCUUUAGGAGUCAUUCAAGGAGUAAGGCAACAAAACAUCAUAAUUUGAUGGACAAAGAUAAUAUGCCUGAAGAAUCCAACAGUGCCAUUGCAUCCUCAAUCGCAAAAAUUGAUAUCCACAAAGAAGGUGCGAGAUAUCAGAAGUCUAAAGACGAAUAUAGUUACGUCCGGGACAUUAAUGUGAAGGCAGCAGGGGACGCAAAAUGUUGUUUUAUUGUAGCGAUGACUCUAGUUUCGAACCAUGAACUUGUUCUGGCGGAUAAUGGCAAUAAAUUAUUGAAGCUUGUUGAUAUUGAACGUAACGUAAUGAAGGCGAUACUGAACUUGGAAUCUGAACCAUAUGGACUCACAACUGUUUCAAAAGACGAGGUAGCUGUAUUAUUGUCCAACAUAUAUGCCAUUCAAAUUGUAACAAUUUCCGGGACUAUAUCCGUACAAAGAAAUAUCAAAUUAAUGGGUCAAUGUUUAGGCAUUUGUUAUAUUAAUGGAAAGUUAUAUGCUUCAUUGCAGAAUUGUGUUCAUUUCCAGAUCCUUCAACUAUCAGGUGCAGUGGAUAAAACGAUCAAGCCUGAUGCUGAAGUACUUAAACACUGCACGUUUCCAGAUUACAUUGCCGUCAGUCCUGAUGAAAGUGUGAUCUACGUGUCUGACUGGAAAACCAACAAAGUUAUGUGCAUAAAUAUGGAUGGGAAUAUGAUAUCUAUGUAUCAAAAUGAGCUUGCUAUGCCCAGGGAUAUCGUCAUUUCUCCUCUCGGAUCAGUCUAUCUCUGUAACAGAGAUCAGCACGUCAUUUUUAAGAUGACGCCAGAUUUGAGUGGAGCUACCGUGCUACUUGGACCAGGAGAUGGUUUGUUUGCUCCACAAUCGAUGUGUUGUAACACUGCCAAACAACAUUUUUACAUCAGCAGUGGUAGUAAUACAGCCGAAAAAUGUAAUCAGAUAAAAGUGUUUAAAUGGCACAAACCAGAUACAGAUGCCAGUAUGUAA